AUGAACUUCAAGACCGCAAACAUACAUUCGACCCAGGACAUGCGUAAUGCUGUCGAUGAACGCCUACCCUUGGUGUUGUCAACAUUGGGGUACCAAGAGUCGUUUAUCCUGGUUGAUACGAAGCUCGCGUUGGGGUAUCUUAGUGUGCUAGCAGCUGGUGGUGCGUUCCUAUUGGAGAAGAAGUUGAAAUUUGAAGAAGGGUUGCCAUAUUUGAAGCUACUGCUUCUUGCCUAUUUCAUCCUAACUUCGCUUUCCUGGUUAUAUCAAAAGUUUGUUAUCAAGAACACCAUAUACACGGGUAAGAAGGGGAAGAACGUCGUCACCAUUGGUGGAGAAGUGGAUAAAUAUACACCUGAAUACAAACUAACCAUCACUGUGAAGAGCGAAGGUCGUGAUGCUGGAUCAACACAAGAGGUGGUUUUGCCAUUCACUUCUGUAUUUGACAAGUAUGGUAAUCUACACGAGGGUGAGCUGGCCGCUUGGAUUAAAGAUCAAUUGGAGUUAAACGAAAAGAAUAAAUGA